CCCACCCAGUUCGGGGGAUGCCCCGGCCCCCCCGCCCCCCUUCACCUGGUUCUUAAGGAGUGGGGCGGCAGAGACGGUGUCUCUCUCCGGGCGGCUCCGGGCAGGCCGGGACAUCAUCGUCGUCGGGACGUCGUCGUCGUCGUCGUCGUCGUCGUCGUCGUCGUCGUCGUCGUCGGGACAUCGUCGUCGGGACAUGCCCCCGCCGUGGGUCCUUCCCCUGUGGCUGGCGCUGGCGCUGGCGGGCCGGGCGCUGGGCACCCUGGCCCCGUGCCCGGCCUGCGGGCAGGGUUGCCCGCCCUCGGGGGGCUGCCGGGGAGGCGAGGAAGCGGGCGAGUGCGGCUGCCCGCGGAGGCUGGGCGAGCCCUGCGGGGUCUACACGCCCAGCUGCGCCCCCGGCCUGCAGUGCCAGCCCCCGACCCACGACGGGGCGCCCCUUCGAGCCCUGCUCCUGGGGAGGGGCCGCUGCCAGGCCGCACAGAGGAGGGGCUCCGCUCCUCCAGGAGAGGGGCCCGAGCCCACCAGGCCUCAGGACGAGGGGGGAGACCGGGCCAGGGAGGCGGCGCCCGGAGGAGGAGGAGGAGCCGGGACUUCGGGGGACAAGGACCCCGAGAUGGGUCCGUGCCGCCGCCAUCUGGACGCGGUGCUGCGCCGGCUCCAGGCCGCCGUCUUCCGCGGGGGAGAUAUCUACAUCCCCAACUGCGACCACCGCGGACACUACCGCCGGAGACAGUGUAAAUCUUCCACGGGACAGCGUCGAGGCCCAUGUUGGUGUGUGGACCGGAAGGGUCAGCCUCUCCCCAGUCCGGCGGGCCCCGACAGCCCCUCCCCGUGCCCGCCGGGACCCUCCAGCUGAGAGGGGGGGCCGGGGGGGCCGGCGGCAGGGCGUGCGGGUCUCCCCCCUCCCCACGGCCGGGGGCACCUCCUGGCAGAGCUGUGGCGAAGGGCCCGCGUGAGUUAUUUAUUGCCAGAAGAGGGGUCCUGAUUGUACUCUCCCAAGCGCUUAGUACAGCGCUUUGCACACCGUAAGCACUCAAUAAAUACGAUCGACUGAA